GCUGAGCAUCUCCACUCCAUAUCCCCAAGCUCAUAAUUCUCCCCAUAGCGACAGGUGGGGAAUGCUGUCCCUUUCCCUCCCUGGAUGCACCUCCCCAGAUGGCUGGCUUUGCAGGUCAACCAAGAGUGCCUCCAAGGCUCGCCGGGACCAGAUCAAUGCAGAGCUGCAGGCAUUGCGUUCCCUGCUGCCCAUCUCCAUGCAGGAGAAGGAGCGGCUCUCCUACCUCCACACCAUGGCCCUGGUGUGCCUCCGGCUGCGGGGGGCUCAGCUGUUCCCUCCAGGCUCAGCUCCUCCUGCGGAACCGGCCCUCGGCACAGAGCUACUCUCCCUGCUCCCGGGGUUUCUGCUUGUGCUAUCGGCCAGUGGAAAGCUGGUCUACAUCUCGGAGAACGUGGCUCAGGUCCUGGGCCUUUCCGUGGUGGAGCUGCUCGCCCAGGGGGACACGGUCUUUGACAUCCUGGAUGGGCAAGCAUAUGAGGAUGUGUACAAGAAGCUCCUCCUCGCCCAGAAGGAGCCUGGCAGGGAAGUCACUUUUGUCAGUGAGAUGUGCACGUCCAAGGCCUUCCGGCUGAAGCACGGAGGGAAUCGGGUCGUGACAGUGUGUGGGCGCUUUGUGGCCCUGAGCUGGCCACCCUCCCCCUCCACCACAGCCUUCCUGGCCCUCUGCUCACCGGUCAUGCAGUCGCCUGCAGAUGGCGAAGCUGGUUCCCAGGAUGACGUAUUCCAGAGCACGCACAUCCUAGACAUGACGUUUAUUGAUGUCACGGAGAGGUGAGGUGUGCCUGCUUGCACCAGAGCUCCAGCUGUACAUCUCAGGCAGCAAGAAUCAUUUCCCUUCACCAAGCCUUGUAUGGGAUGCAGGCUAGAUACUGUGUGAGCACUGAGACUCACAGACCUCUUCCCUCCUUUACAACUUAUUUCUGUA